AUGCCAUCCAAAAAAGUCCUCAUCAUCCUGAGCGAUGCCAACUCCUUCCCUCUCAAAAAGACCAGCGGACCCGACGCUGGCAAAGUAGUCGACCAGCCCUCAGGUUUCUUCCUUCAGGAGCUGGCAAAGCCCUUGCAAAAGAUGCUAGACGCCGGGCACGAGGUUACCUUUGCCUCACCCAAAGGACAAGAGCCCACCGCAGACCCCAACAGCGAGUCCCUGCUCGCAUACGCCGGCAAUUUCUACGAGCGCCGACGCGAGAACGAGCUCAUUUGGAAAAUGAAGAAGACGAAUGGAUUCGACCGUCCGCGACCUUUCAGUACCUUUGACGAAGACGAACUAGCGACUUUCGCUGGAGUCUUUAUUCCCGGGGGACACGCGCCACUGGCGGAUUUGGGCGAUGAUCCGAACCUGGGCAAGAUUCUGCGGUUUUUCAAUAAAGAGAAUAAGCCAACUGCUGCUAUCUGCCAUGGGCCUUAUGCCCUGCUGAGUACGAUGAAGGCGGGUGAUGGCUCGUUCGUCUAUGAUGGGUACAAGAUCACAUCUUGGAGCGAUGCCGAAGAGAACUUCAUGGAGACAUUAUUGGGUGGUGAGGUUGAGAAGGUCGCGUCGGCAUUGAAGGAUCAGGGUGCGGUCAUGGUUGAAGGAGCUUCGGAAAAAUUUGGAGGUACGACUCUACACAGGGAGUUGCUUACUGGCGGUAAUCCCCUGGCGGCGAAUGCCUUGGGAGAUCGAUUUUUGAAGAUGCUCAGUGUAUAG